AUGGUAGUUAAAGUACGUUCGGUUCAAAACUUGGAGAACCAAGACCCUGAACUUUUUAUUAAUGGAAAUUUAAAUAAUGAAAAUAGGAGCGAACAAACUAUAAGAAUAUAUGCAGAUGGUGUUUAUGACCUUCUACAUUUAGGUCAUAUGAAACAGCUAAAACAAGCAAAAUAUAUGGAAAAAAAUGUCACUUUAAUUGUAGGAGUAUCUAGUGAUUAUGAAACAAAAAAAUUCAAAGGUCAAAUUGUUCAAUCAUUAGAAGAAAGAACUGAAACAUUAAAACAUAUUCGAUGGGUAGAUGAAAUAAUUUCACCUUGCCCAUGGAUAAUUACACCUGAGUUUAUGGAAGAGCAUAAAAUUGAUUACGUUGCUCAUGAUGAUAUACCAUAUACUAAUAAUCAAAAAAAAAAGAAAAAAAAAAAAAAAAGUAAAUCAAAUAAUAACGAAGAUGCAAACGAUGAUGUAUAUGCUUGGUUAAAAAAAGCAGGAAAAUUUAAAGCUACUCAGAGAACAGAAGGAGUAUCUACAACGGAUUUAAUUGUAAGAAUAUUAAAAAACUAUGAAGAUUAUAUAGAAAGAUCACUGCAAAGAGGUAUACACCCGAAUGAGUUGAAUAUAGGUGUAACAAAAGCACAAUCAAUUAAAAUGAAAAAAAAUUUAAUUAGAUGGGGGGAGAAAGUUACAGAUGAAUUAACAAAAGUAACACUCACAGAUAAGCCUUUGGGUACAGAUUUCGAUCAAGGAAUAGAUAUAAUAAGAGAUAAAGUGCAUGGAUUAUUUAAGCUGUGGAGAUAUCACUCAAAAAAACUUUUAAAAGAUUUUGCAAAAUCAUUUGACCCUAUGUUUAUUAUGAUUAGAAAAAAAAGUAAAAAGGAUAAUAUUUCAAAUAUGUAUUUAUCUGAUUCUAAUUAUUUGUCAAGAAUAGUGAAAGAAGAUUCAAAAAAAAAAAAAUAUAUAAGUAAUUCCUUCAAUAGUGUUGAUGAAUAUUAUUAUUCUGCCGAUGAAGAUUGCCCUAGGGUUAAUAAUGUUUUUAGUGUAAUAAGUAAAAUUGCUAAUGAUUCAUAUAAUGCAGAAAUUGAUAACUAUGAAACAUGUUUUGAAUUAGAAGUGUGCCUUAAAGAUAAACAAAGAAAAAUAAACAACAAAUUGAAUUUAACAUCUGACGAAAUGAUAGAUUUCAUUGAUCCUUUGGAUGUAAAAAAUGAGGAAGAAUAUAAUAGUACAGAUGAUAAAAUGAGUAAGAAAUUAAAUAAUAAAAAUAUAUUAAACAACAAAUUAAAUUAUGAUCAGUACAUUAAAACAAUAUAUCAUGAUGCAAAUGAUGGAAAAUAUCAUACUUUAGGUAGUAGAAAAAACAAUAUUGAUUAUAAAAAUAGUAAUAAGGAAAAUAACAUUAACAAUAAUAAUAAUGAUAAAGAUGAUUAUAAAAGUUGUGUGGAUGUUUAUAUGGAUAAUAAAUAUAAUCACAUUAUUUUAAAUAAAAAAUAUAGUAAUAGUGAAGACACAAUAAAAAAGAGUGAAGUAAUAAAAGUAACUAACUUAAUUAAUAAAAUACAAGAGCAUAAUUUGGAAAGUGUGAGAAAUGAAGAAUAUGAAAAAAGUUUCAGUGGACGAAAGGAAAUUGCAAAAUUAGAAGAUAAUGAAGUAAAAGAAAAAAAGGACAAGUGUGAUAAUCCAAAAAAAAUUAGAAUUUAUGCCGAUGGAGUAUAUGACAUGUUACAUUUAGGGCAUAUGAAGCAAUUAGAACAAGCCAAGAAAAUGUUUGAGAAUACAACUUUGAUUGUAGGUGUGUCAAGUGAUAAUGAAACAAAAAUAUUCAAAGGCCAAAUUGUUCAAUCAUUAGAAGAAAGAACUGAAACAUUAAAACAUAUUCGAUGGGUAGAUGAAAUAAUUUCACCUUGCCCAUGGAUAAUUACACCUGAGUUUAUGGAAGAGCAUAAAAUUGAUUACGUUGCUCAUGAUGAUAUACCAUAUACUAAUAAUCAAAAAAAAAAGAAAAAAAAAAAAAAAAGUAAAUCAAAUAAUAACGAAGAUGCAAACGAUGAUGUAUAUGCUUGGUUAAAAAAAGCAGGAAAAUUUAAAGCUACUCAGAGAACAGAAGGAGUAUCUACAACGGAUUUAAUUGUAAGAAUAUUAANAAACUAUGAAGAUUAUAUAGAAAGAUCACUGCAAAGAGGUAUACACCCGAAUGAGUUGAAUAUAGGUGUAACAAAAGCACAAUCAAUUAAAAUGAAAAAAAAUUUAAUUAGAUGGGGGGAGAAAGUUACAGAUGAAUUAACAAAAGUAACACUCACAGAUAAGCCUUUGGGUACAGAUUUUGAUCAAGGAAUAGAAAAUCUUCAAAUAAAAUUUAAAGAACUUUUUAAAUUAUGGAAAAAUGCAUCCAACAAAUUAAUAAAAGAUUUUACCAGAAAAUUUGAUGCAACAUCUAGUUUGUCUUCAUUACAGAGAUCCUUAGAUAAUGAAAGUGAAUAUUGUGAUUUUGUUAGUAGCAACUGUGAUGAAGAGACUAGUAGUUGA